AUGUCCAAGCGAACAAGCUACGCUGCUGUGGCAGCAAAUGGCGCCGCCUCGAAAGAGAACAGCCAGGACACUAUGCCUUCGAUGGACAAGCAGAGGGCCCUUCUCUCCACCGACGCCGGGCACUUCUCGCUCAUCCGUGCUCUUCAUCUGGCAGACCUUAUUACCGAGCUCAACGGUCUUUGUGGCGUCCUCUCGCUUUUUUCCUCGAUGCGUUACUGUCUCGGCGACCCAGCACAGAACGGCAAUCUCUGGGCGGCGCUCCUCUUCCUGCCCUUUGGUCUCUUCUUCGACUUCCUUGACGGCAAGGUCGCGCGUUGGAGGAAGAAGAGCAGCAUGAUGGGACAGGAACUAGACUCUCUCGCCGAUCUGAUCUCCUUCGGCGUCGCCCCCGCAGCUGUGGCCUUCGCAAUCGGCGUCCGCACACCCCUUGACCACCUCUGCCUGGCCUUUUUCGUGCUCUGCGGCCUAACACGGCUGGCCCGCUUCAAUGUCACGGCCACCUCCAUCCCCAAGGACGCCUCCGGCAAAGCCAAGUAUUUCGAGGGUACGCCGAUCCCUACGACGUUGGCGCUCGACGCGCUGAUGGGGUGGUGGGUCUCGAACGGGUGGAUCCACGAGUCUCUUCCCGGAGGUGUGUGGUUUGCAGGGUCGGUGCUUGAGGUGCAUCCCAUUGUGGUGCUCUUUAUGGUGCACGGAUGUUUGAUGACGAGCAGGACAAUUCACAUUCCCAAGCCGUGA